AUGUUGUUGACAAUAAGUGCGGUGCUGAUUGACGCAGAGGAGAAGCAGAUCACAAAUCCUGUGGUGGAAAAAUGGGUCAACGAGCUGAGAGAUGUUGUUUACCAUGCUGAAGAUGUUCUUGAUGACAUCGCUACAAAAGCCCUGCGCCUCAACAUAGGAGCUGAAUCUUCCUCCUCCAACAGGCUGAGACAGCUUCGUGGCAGAAUGUUCCUGGGAGAUUUUCUUGACGGGAACAGUGAACAUUUGGAGACCAGGCUUGAGAAGGAUCAGGCUAGAGCGUUUAGCCUCACAAAGAAACAUAUUGGGUUUGAAAGAGCUGCAAUGAUACCCAAAAAAAGGUUGCCAACAACUUCUCUUGUGGAUGAGUCUGAAGUGUUUGGUAGAGAUGAUGAUAAAGAUGAGAUCAUGAGAUUAUUGAUUCCUGGGAACGGAGAUGAUAAUGGGUUAACCGUUGUUGCUAUUGUUGGAAUUGGAGGGGUUGGCAAAACCACUCUUUCACAGAUUCUAUACAAUGAUCAGAGUGUUCAGAGUCAUUUUGGAACUAGAGUGUGGGCUCAUGUCUCAGAGGAGUUUGAUGUUUUUAAGAUCACCAAAAAGGUUUAUGAAUGUUACUUCCCGGCCUUUUUUGGGGAUUGGGAUCUUCUACGGCAACCCUUCAUAUCUGCUGCUGGAGGGAGCCAGAUUCUUGUGACAACACGAAGCCAACGGGUUGUGCCCGUUGUGUGUUCUGUCCAUGUACACAACCUUCAACCGUUAUCUGAUGGAGAUUGCUGGUCAUUGUUCAUAAGAACUGUAUUUCCUAAUCAAGAUCCAUGCCUAGAUCAAGAAAUUGGAGAUCUUGCGGAAAGGAUAGUGCACAAGUGCCAGGAUUUGUCUGUGAAAACACUCGGUGGUGUGUUACGGUUUGAAGGUAAAGUUGGAGAAUGGGAGAGAGUUUUAAGCAGCAGGAUUUGGGAUCUUCCAGUUGACAAGAGCAACUUACUUCCAGUUUUACGGAUAAGCUAUUACUAUCUUCCAGCUCACUUGAAGCGAUGUUUUGCGUAUUGCUCGAUAUUUCCCAAAGGUCAUGCAUUUGAGAAGGAACAAGUAGUUCUACUGUGGAUGGCAGAAGGUUUCUUGCAGCAGACGAGAAGCAGUGCCAGUAAGAAUCUUGAAGAGAUCGGGGAUGAGUACUUCUCUGAGCUAGAAUUAAGGUCACUUUUCCAAAAGACCAAGACGAGAUACAUAAUGCAUGAUUUUAUCAACGAGCUUUCUCAGUUUGCUUCAGGAGAGUUUAGUUCCUAA